ACUGAGCAAGCGCUGUCUCAGUUAUGCGCGAGACGUUGACGGGUAUGGAUGUGCGUCCCUAUUAAUGUGUCAAAAUUAAUUCGAUUCCGAUGUUAAGUGAUCUAACAUUAUUGGCGUGAUAAAAAAGUUUAAUUCAAGAAGCUCAGUGCUUACAAUGGACGGAUAAUUUGGUGGUGCACGGCAGUUUAUAUCGAUAGAGGCAUCAAUGGCCUGAGAGAAUGUUCCGCACGGCGUCAGUAGAGGGCUCCGGGCCUAGGACGCCGCCCGCCUACGCUCCUCACCCGCCCUACGUUCCACCCCGUUUUUUCCCACCACGGCUGCGUCCACCGCCCCCUCAGUAUUGCUUCGACGCAGCCCGCUUCGCCUGUGACGCCUCUAAACCGAGAUACCUCGACGUUGAGAGAGAACGUCUCGUUACGAGAUGGCUUGCAGAAGCGAACGAAGCGCUCGUCAGAAGGGAUCGACCUCCAAGGUACAAACCGAGAAGUAGUGAACGGCGACCAGACUUCUUGGAACGGAGGCCGAACGCGGAUUGGUCGGAUAACUUCCUUCUAGGCAGGCGGAACGGUUCCGUCGAACCGGAGGAUGAUAGUAGUGAUGUGAUGACGCUCAAAGAGUUUGUGGAUAAGUUUUCGUUGCCGCGUGUUGUGAAGUUCGAGGGAGAGGAUAGGGCUGUGCUUCUUUAUCGAGUGUUGGAGGCGCAUAGAAGAGUGGAAGCUGUUCCGCUGUCAGGGAAGAAAGGGAAAUUGGUGGGGAAACCGCUGUACAUCCCGGAUUCUUAUGAUGGUUGGUUUUCGGUAUGCGGCUGUCGUGGUGGAGCUCUUGCGACGGCACGGGGUUCCAUCGCGGCUCUCCUGCGCAGCCGAGCCUUUGCCCUCGUGUCCCCUCGUGCUAUCUCCGCCUACCGAGCGAGACCAGCAUCUGAGAGUGGUCGAGUGGGCGCGCAGUACGAGCGGGCGGCGGCGCGGCCGGGCACGCCGCUGAGGCUAGCCGGUGUUUUCGCGGACGGCAGUAAAGCGAAGGCUCCAAAGUACGCGCAGCUCAUCGACCCGCAGGGGAACGAGUUCUUCGUGCCAAUCAACACCAAAGGCGAGAUGUACGAAGUAUGUCCAGAAGAGCUCUCCCCUGCUGAAUGGGAUGAUGUAUCACCAUCUUCGACUCCAGUGCCGCCAGAUAUUUCCUCGCGAGCUCACAGGCUACCACAUUUAUUGAGCCUGUGGAGGCUACCUACCAGAGUGAGGCUACUGGCUGGCACUGUUCCUAUUGAAAUGGCACAUGAUGUUGGAGAAGACCUUCUGCUCCGGGCGGCGAGCACGGAACCAGUGUUGGUGAUGUGUACUCUCCCGGAAUACAACUCGUUGCCGUCAAGUCCGAGCAAGCAAGUCGACCCACGGUACCAUCCAAAAGAAACCUUACAACUUCUACCAUUAAACAGUAAUAUAAAGGUACGACGGACGCAGCUCGGCUUCGAAAGCGAGAAGAGAAUGUUCCUCUCCGCACGCCUUCAGAAAGCUCUAACCUUCUGUCAACUAAACGUUGACAACUGGAUCAGGCAGAUCUCCUACGCAAACUCAACUGUUGUAAGCAAAGCGAAAACAGUCGAGGAUCUUAUCAAAGAAGACCAUGAACCAGUCAAAUUUGAAAAGGAAAAGAAAUUCACCCUUCAAGGCUUGAAGAUUGAUACGUCAAGAUUGUUUGGAAAAAGUGAUAAAGUAUUAAAAGAUAUACCGGAUGAAACCGAAGGUUCUAUUAUAUUUCUAAGUAAAAACGAACUCGAGCACAUGAACUACGACUUGUAUAGUGACGAUGAGGCUAAAGACGAAAAGAGCGAAGAAAAAGUUGAAUCAGAGCAGUUUACCAACGAUAAAAUGCAUGUAUUUAGGGAAGAUUCUGGUCCGAAAAAAGGAAAAUGGUUCAAAAAUCUCAAACUUUUAAAGAGCACGGAGAAGUUAGAUGAAAAAAUUACGGCUAUCGAAAACGGUGAGAAGUAUAGAGACGUUAAGGAUCCGUUUGACCCGUUGGGUGAGAAACAUAGCUCUAUAGAACGUUAUCAAGAUAUGGCGAAACUAAUUGAAGAUAGAUUUGGCGCGUUUCGAAAGAACGAUGGAACGGCUGAAAAGAGCCAUUCGUAUAAAAGCCUUACAACUUCUUCGUCUGAUAUGGGUACGAGUCAAUGCAGUUCGAGUCACAAAAAGCCUGUACUGACGAAAUCUGUGUCAGUACAAACUGGCAUGCCAGACAGCUCGUAUACGGAAGAGGAAGAUAGCGGUAUAAAUAUGAAACAUGGCCGGAAAAAUCUUAGCGUCGAUCAAAUAAACUAUUGUGGUUCUAUGGAAAGCGACUCAAGCUCUGGUAGGAAAUUGAAAUCUCUGGACGAAAAUAUGCUUAAGAAAUCAGCAGCAACCAAAUCGUCUUCGAACCUCGAGAGAAGACAGAGGAUACAACCGGAUCUGAUACCAGAGAAAGCGAUGGUUAAAUCUGAAUCAUACAAUCAAAUACAAAGCUGUGAAGACAUUAAUAUGUUUGGAGCUGGAUCUCUAUACAACGAUAGUGACUUCGAAAUCAAUUAUAAACAACAUUCUUUUAUUACAGAAAAAUUAUGCUCAGAAUUUCAUGUCAAGACUAAAAGGGUGCUCAGUAAGUCUACUUCGAAUUUACUUCAUCCUAAAAAAUCAACCGAUAAAAAAGAAUCUAGCAAUAGCAACAGCAUGCCGACAAAAACUGAACGUUCCAAUGACAGCGAAAAACUCGUCAAUUUCCGAAAGAAAAUCGACAAGCCGAGAGCGCCUACACCAAACAGGUCGGAUAUAGACGAACCACUUCCUAUCGAUAUAUCGGAAGAAGAACCACAAAUUCAGAAGAAACUCAGACGAUCCAUAUCAUCAAUACAAAAACGAAAGUUACCCGUUAUUGAAGAUCUGCCUUACGGUCAAGUAGCGGAUGCUGUCGACAUCGAAGAGGAGAAGUUAGAUACAGAUUCCAGUACUGAUAACAUAUACGCAGAGAUAUGCACACCGAAUGGUAAUAAAACCAGUGAAGAGGAAACUUAUGACUACAACAUAGAUAUACUUGCAACGGAUCCUGUUAUAUGCAACGUAAAGAAGGAAGUGAAUAGUCGUAACGACGAGAGAGCGAGACAGAUGAACGGCAACCUUGACAAUGCAUUCAGACAUAUAGAAGUCGUUGUUAUAGAAAGAUCAACAGAUUUCGAAUUGGAGAAUUCAAGCGUUGCUUCGAGCGACUUCGAUGAAACGGGAAGCAAGAACGAUGUUUCUAUAGCUAUAGAUUCAUGGGAACGUGAUAAAAACAAUAAAAGUACGGAACCAAAAACACAUGCGAUUAGAUUAGAAAUAACCAGUAAUAUGGAUGAUUACCCAGAUCAGAGCUUAGAUAGAACGGAAGUCCACCUCGGUAAAGAUAAUUCAUUAAGUUUUAGCAACAGUAUCCAUUUGAAUGGUACAUAUCCCAACGAGGCCAUCUAUGAUACUUUAAAGUAGAUUAAUUGUAUUAUAUUAUUCCAAUAAUAGAUCACUUUAGAGUCACACAACUUUAAGCAAUAUACUUAUAAAUGGUAUUAAAAUGUCGCCUCCGUAGUUCGAUUAGUUUGUAGUUGUUAUGUACCAAUCAUUCGCGUGUCAUACUAUAAAUAAUAAAAGGUAGAGGCUGAUCAGAGAUGAUUUAUAUUUUCAAUUACGUCUGAAAUGCAAUAGUUGAUUU